AUGUUUUCACCGAAUCGGUCAGGAAAUCGAAUAAGUGUUCCUCGAAGUGAUAAAACCAAUCGUUUACCUUAUGUACCGCAGAAACAGCUAGAACAACAAAAACAUCAAAAACAACCGUAUUGGGGCUCUAACAACCCAUCGGGUGAAGAAUCCAUUGGUAUUCGACUACCUCUUCUCUUAAAUAAAGCAGCAAAUACCAGUAUCCAAAGUUCUUCUACUAGUACAAUAACCAAUCGGUUACUACCACCACCGCCACCACCACCACGACGUUCAGUUACCACAUCCCUAAGUUUGUUUCCAGUACCCUACCAACAAUUAACUCAACAAGACGUACCAUCCGAUCGACAACUCCCUUCUGAAUUUUUACAAAUUAGACUUGAAACCGUCUCGAAACCUUAUUGGGCGCAGCAGACGGCAAUAGAGAAAACUCACCACUUGGAUUCGAUCCCUUCAUAUCAGGUUAAGAAGCUGUUGGACGGAACACAUCAGUUGCGCAUCGACGGUCAUCACGUCGGAAGCGCCGGCCCUGGCGCUGGCCACGGACAUAAAAAAGAAUUUGGUCCAGCUAUGAUACUGUAUUAUUUGGCAUCCGCUUUUCGGACGCUUUAUCCACGACUCGAUGAUGAUUUUGUUGACAAAUUAAAUUAUUAUUAUACGACUACGAUAUUAGCAUCAUUUGCGCUCCUUGUUUCUGCCAAACAAUAUGUUGGUUUUCCAAUACAGUGUUGGGUUCCGGCUACUUUUACGGAUGCUAUGGAACAAUACACAGAAAAUUAUUGCUGGGUGCAAAACACUUACUGGGUGCCUAUGCAGGAAGAUAUUCCACGCGAAAUCUAUUCACGAAGGAAUCGCCAAAUUGGUUAUUAUCAAUGGGUACCGUUUAUUCUAGCUAUAGAAGCAUUGCUUUUCUAUGUGCCUUGUAUAUUGUGGAGAGGGAUGUUAUACUGGCACUCAGGAAUCAAUUUACAAGGCCUUGUACAAAUGGCAUGCGAUGCAAGACUUAUGGAUACAGAUGUUAAAAGUCGUACAGUAUAUACAAUGGCACGGCAUAUGGAAGAUGAAGUGCAACUAGCGCAUCUGGAAAGACGUGGACAUCCUCGAGCUUGCUUUCCGUUUGUGCAAGCAAGAGGACAGUGCGGAAGACAUUGCGGAUGCUAUGUUACUAUGUUAUACAUUGGUAUCAAGAUAUUAUAUUCGGCUAACGUCCUAUUACAGUUCUUCCUGCUAAAUCAUCUAUUAGGUGCAGAUGAUCUUACAUAUGGUUUUUCAUUAUUGCGCGAUUUGAUGCAUGAAGUUGAGUGGGAGCAAACAGGGAUGUUCCCGAGAGUAACACUUUGCGAUUUUGAGGUUCGAGUGCUCGGUAAUAUUCAUCGACAUACAGUGCAAUGUGUGUUGAUGAUAAAUAUGUUUAAUGAAAAAAUUUUCCUUUUUUUAUGGUUUUGGUUUUUAACCGUCGGUUUGAUAACAGUUUUCAACAGCUGUUACUGGAUACUUGUGAUGUUCAUUCCAAGUCAGGGAAUGUCUUUCAUUCGCAAAUAUUUGCGAGCGUUGAGCGAUCAUCCAACAAAACCUGCAGCUGAUGAUGUAUCACUCCGAAAAUUUACGAAUCAAUUUUUGCGUAAAGAUGGUGUAUUUAUGCUUCGAAUGAUCUCAACUCAUGCCGGUGAAUUAAUGAGCAGUGAAUUAGUUCUUGCUUUAUGGCAAGAUUUUAAUAAUAUCGAUCGUUCGUCUGCUCAAUUUUGGGAUGCUGAACAUGGUGCUGGGACACUGAACGCUUAA